GUAAAUCUCUGAUGUCAUUCAUUGAAUCUUUUGCAAAGUAUGUAAAAAGACAACACUGAGUCAAUAUUAUCUCAUUCUCCUGCACAGAGAGGACAUACUGCACAGACUUUCAGAGGUGUAUCAAGAUGAAGAGUGGUUUGCCUUUUGCAUUUUUGCCAGCUCUGAUUCCCAUAGCAUUCUCCUUGCCUCAAUUGUUUUACUAUGUUCCUGUGAAUAUGAACUGGGGGGAGGCACAGAAGUACUGCAGACAACAUUACACUGAUCUGGCCACCAUUGAUAGCCAGACAGAUGUUGAUGAGUUGGUCAAAACUACGGGUACACUUUUUCCAGGACCUGUAGUCGAUUUUAAUAAUCUGAUAUGGAUUGGACUGCAUCGAGCAGAUGCCACUGCUCCGUGGAUCUGGUCCGAUCAGAGCAACUCCAUGUUCAGAUCAUGGGAUUCUGGACAGCCGAACAAUAUGUUUGGCAAACAAUUCUGUGCAGCAACAACUCCAGAUGGAUUGUGGAAUGAUUGGGAUUGUGGAACUAAAUACACCUCUGUUUGCUACAGUGUAAGAAAGAGAACGAUUGUGAGAGUUGAGGUGAAAUCAAGUCAAAAUGUGAAUGAUCCUGGAAUGAUGACAGAGAUUUUAAAGAAGAUGGAGCAGAAACUGAAGGAGGAGGGGUUGGUUGAAUAUGCAACACUGUCAUGGAGAAACCAAUCAGAUGGAAAUGUCUUCCAAAAGAAGGAACAGAAAAAUGUCACUCUUGUUGAGCAGACUUGCUCAUUUAAAGUGAAUGAAUAGACAUUUAUUGCCUGUUUCAUAAUAGAUACUAUUAUGUAACCUUUAUCCCCUUGGGGAAAAUAAUAGUAUAGUAACAUUAAACAUGUAUGCUUUGACAUAUACACUUAUUUAAGCAGAUUAGGUAAAACAUUGUGAUUCUGCAAAAAUAAUCCUGAACACUUUCUUCAACUUUUUCCCACAGCCUAGAUUAGCAAUGCCUUUGCAUGUGUGCUGCAGCUCAGUGUAGCAUGUUUUAGAUGUACUGAAAAUUCACUUAAACAAAUAAAGAGCAAAGUUAAAGUGAAAUCUUGAACUGUGGCACCUGUCAAUUAAAUAUGGUGCUGUACAAUGGGGUUGAAAAUAUUUGUAAGGUGUAGUGGCAUCUCUGCCUCUUUUUUUCUAGUGGGGCAGACUCAAAACAAGACUGCAUGCAUUGCAUCAAGCCAGGUGCCAAUCGGUCUGUGCAGCGCUGCAUGAAGCAGAACACGCCUAUUAUGAUUACUUUGAUCUAUGUCAUUUAAACAGGUUCUAAUUGACUCAGUAGUACAAGCCAACAGCCCUUCCUGCCAUGAAUAUGCUUGAGGUGCCAAAUGACUCGCCUAGAAAGCAGACUAGCCCUGCAUUCCAACCUUAAUUAAUAAUUUCUUCAGAGUGCAUUUCGAAGGGAGAACAAUAUUGACAGCCAUGCUGUAAAGUCAUUCCAAAAUUAGUUUAAAAUAAAAUUGCAUUCAUGAGUUUGCAUAGCCCCUGAAGUGGAAAUGGUAAACAGAUUGUUAAGAGUAAACAAAUUUGACUUGCUGUCCAUAAAGGAGG